AUGAAGACUUUUGCUCAGUACUUGUACAUUCUGUUCCUUCUUUUCUGCCUCUUGUCCAUUGGCAUUGCUGCACCAACUCAAGAGAGUGACGAAGUUGAGGAUGCUGCGGUGGAUUCCGGGAGAAAAUCAAAGGCUCGGGACACUGCUGUCUUACCAUCCGCAUGGGGCUGGCAUGUCGAACUCAAGGAGCUACCAGGCGUCGAUAUCGGUUACUGCCGAGCGAACAACCCUCCACCAGCACCGCAGUCGCCCCAGAACGCAGAGCGCAGCACCGACUUGAGAUCAAGGAAUGACAGCACUACCGACUCUUCCCCGACCUGGGCCUUGACACCGUUGAAGUGCUACGACUUGUGCGCCUGCGACCGGCAGGGAACGCUGAUCUGUCAUGAGUGGGGAACUUGCAACUUCCAUACCGUUUACUUCCGCUGUCAUGCCAGUGGAGAGUGUGACUGUGUUUGGGAGGAGCAACUGACUGGAGAUACUGCGAAGCUAGGUUGGGUAGAUGGCGUUGCUGACUGGGCAAGCAACGGUUACACGAACCAUUGGUGGGCGCGGAAUGAGGAUCAGAAGGACCAGAAAAGCCCAGAGUGA